CUCUCUCUCUCUCUCUCUCUCUGUUCUGCAGCAGUGUAGUGACGGAGUGUAAACAGUGACCUGAGAGUUAACAAGAAUCCCUCUCUCUCCCUCUCCCUCUCUCUCCCUCAGUAGGAAGAGAAGGACCGAGAGAACAGAGGAGGAGGGGGCGGCGUAGCCGAGAGGCCGCUGCAGAGGGGCUCCAGCAUUACAGAGGGCUUCGCAGGACGGAGUGAGGGAACUCCAGGAGAAUAGAGAAAGCGAGAGGGUGAGAGAGGGCUGCGAUGGCCACUGGAGAAAUCACCACUCUGCCCUCAGCCCCAGGGGACGGAGGCAGCAGCGGCUUUCCUCCAGGAAACUUCAAGGAACCCAAACGGCUCUACUGCAAGAACGGCGGCUACUUCCUACGGAUCCACCCGGAUGGGAGGGUGGAUGGGAUCCGGGAGAAAAACGACCCAAACAUUCGGCUGCAGCUCCAGGCCACAUCGGUAGGAGAGGUGGUCAUCAAAGGCUUGUCUGCAAACCGCUACCUGGCCAUGAGCUCUGACGGGAGGCUAUAUGGAGCAAGACGAACGACUGAAGAAUGUCAUUUCCUGGAGCGUUUGGAGGCGAACAACUACAACACCUACAGAUCACGUAAAUAUCCGGAUUGGUACGUGGCCCUGAAGAGGACAGGGCAGUACAAGAGUGGAUCUAAAACCGGACCUGGCCAAAAGGCUAUCCUCUUUCUCCCCAUGUCUGCCAAGGGCUGAACUUCUUCUGUGUGAGUUUUCGCCACCAGUUGAAGGCGAAAGGUUCUUCAGAGAUGUGAAAAGCAAUGUGGAUAACCAAAUAGAGUGACUUAAUAAUAUAAAAUUAAUCUUUUUUAACCAGCUAUCAAACAAUAAAAUGCGACAGAUUCCACAGAUCAGCCAUGAUUACAAACACUGAAAACUUGAAUCUUCUUUCACAAGCUUGUGGAAGGAUCUAUUGUUCUAAAGGCUGUGCUGUCACUCCAGUUUGACCUUGCACCAAAGUUAUAGGAAUGAGUUUUGUAAGUCAAAAUUGCUCUUCACUGACUUUUAGCUGGGGUCCACACUUUGAUAGAAUGUCAUAACUACAUAAUGUGAGUUUAAAUUAUGCUGCUUCUGAGACUUCCAUAUAUCUUCUAUUAUAACCUUGCAGUAUAGUU